AUGAAGUGUCCUGGACAUAUAGAGAGGUCACAACUUGCCUUUUUUCUGGAAAAUGCCUUAGCCAGAGAGGCCAGCAUUUGAAAAGUGCCAGUUUUCCAGAAUCCCACUGUGAAGGGCACAGAUAUCUCUCUGUCAGGUUACAAAAAAGCAGUUCUCUGGAUUCCAGAAAUCAGCUCCCAGUUCCAGUUUUACCCUUAAACGUUUGCCUUAGCCACCAGCAUCUUCAACAGGCUGUUGGCAUCAGUAAAGGCCCAAUUAAAAUAUCUGCAGUGCAUUGCAAUUUCCUGCCUUGUCCUUGCAGCAGAAACCAAUGAAGAUGAGGUCCUAAUACCAUCAGUGCAGACGCUAGCAGUGCAGAGCAGAUGUAAACACUCUCCAGCCGAGAUCUUGAGAAUGAAAAGAAUUAUUCUGGAUAAGCUUCAGUGGGAUCUUUACACAGAAACACCAAUGGAUUUCUUAAACAUUUUCCAUGCCAUGGUGAUGACCAGCUGGCCCCAUCUCCCACCCAGACUGCCUCAGAGGAAUCCUUCCCUCCACGUUGCACUCUUGACCAAGCAGCUGCAGCACUGUAUGGCCUGCCACCAACUUGUGCAGUUUAAGGGCUCCACGUUGGUUUUGGUGAUCAUCACCUUGGAGCUGGAGAGGCAGACUCCUGGUUGGUUUGCUGUUAUUACUGAUCUGCUAAAAAAAGCACAGGUGAACAGCACUGAAUUUAUCCACUGCAAAGAGCUUGUGGAUCUAGAGUUAAUGUGCUUGCAGGCACCCAAUGCUGUAAAUAUUUUCUGUCCCAUCAGCCAAGCUGUGCAGGGCCAUCCCAAGGCAAGGCUACCCUGCCAGCCCCUUCUGAAUGGCAGAGUUCCCAACAAGGGAGGGUGAGGGCUGCUGUAGGCCAGCCUGUUUCAGCAA